AUGGGCCUGUCAAUCAGUCGGCCGCUGCGGGGCUCCGGGUCUGAGGUCUGGGCUGGGCGGUGCGGAGGAGGCGGGGCGACACUUAGCCGCGGGACACUGGCCCCAGGCCUUGGGGCUGCACCCCCUACCUCUGGGCCUAGCGUCAGUGAGGACUUUGGACCCACGGGGGCAGAGAGAAUGGAGGGAGGCUGGGAAUGGACGCCCAGGCCCCAGGCCCUGACUCUCCUGAGCAUGAGCUGGCCAGGUGACCAGAAGCCAGCUUCCCAGAAGCCCCGGAGCCGGGGCAUCCUCCACUCGCUCUUCUGCUGCGUGUGCCAUGACGACGGGGAGGCCCUGCCCGCCCACAGCGGGGCACCUCUACUUGUGGAGGAGAAUGGCGCCAUCCCCAAGCAGACCCCGGUCCAGUACCUGCUCCCCGAGGCCAAGGCCCAGGACCUAGACAAGAUCUGCGUGGUCAUCGACCUGGAUGAGACCCUGGUGCACAGCUCCUUCAAGCCAGUGAACAACGCCGACUUCAUCAUCCCUGUGGAGAUUGAUGGGGUGGUCCACCAGGUCUACGUGCUGAAGCGGCCCCACGUGGAUGAGUUCCUGCAGCGAAUGGGCGAACUUUUUGAGUGUGUGCUGUUCACUGCCAGCCUUGCCAAGUAUGCAGAUCCAGUAGCUGACCUGCUGGACAAGUGGGGGGCCUUCCGGGCCCGGCUGUUUCGAGAGUCCUGCGUCUUCCACCGGGGGAACUACGUGAAGGACCUGAGCCGGCUGGGCCGAGACCUCCGGCGAGUGCUCAUCUUGGACAACUCACCUGCCUCCUAUGUCUUCCAUCCAGACAACGCCGUACCCGUGGCCUCAUGGUUUGACAACAUGAGUGACACAGAGCUCCAUGACCUCCUGCCCUUCUUUGAGCAACUCAGCCGCGUGGACGACGUCUACUCAGUGCUCAGGCAGCCACGGCCGGGGAGCUAGUGAGGCUGAUGGGGCCUGGACCUGCCCCAGCCGACGCCUGUACCUCCUCACACGCAGACUCUGUGCGGCGCCCACGCUCUUUAUUAAGAAAACCCAUGAGCUGCCACCACACUCAUCGCCAUGGGGAAGCAGGCAUCUCCCUCUCCAGCCUCGCCAGGCUGCGUAGGGGCAGCAGACUGCACCGAGUGCCUUUGAACCUCUUCUCCCUUCUUGGGAGAUCUGGGGGACCCUGCCUGCUGCUCCCCCUUUCUGUCUCCUCUCUCUGCACUGCCAUGUUUCUCUGCUGCC